AUGCAGAGGAUAACAGAUUUAAUUGGUUUUUCUUCCAACAAAUAUGAUAUCAAGGCUGUUAUCAGGACAGGAUUCAGCAAGUUUCUCAGCAUGGAGCCCAAAACCACCAAGAAACCUUUUGCAGUGGAAACCAGGAUGAGAGAAGGCAGAGAGGAACGUGAGUCUGAGCUCUCUGUCCUGUGGCAGGUUAGCCAUUGUUACAUCGUCCAGCUCCUGGAGAUCUUUGAUUCCCUGUAUCGUGUUUACAUGGUGAUGGAGUUGGCUACAGGAGGGGAACUCUCUGAUCGACUAACUCAAGGAUGCUUUACAGAACAGGAUGCUGUCAGAAUCCUCCGCAUGGUUGCUGAUGACAUGACGUGUUUGUAUGCAUUGAGAGUAACUCACAGGGACCUAAAGCCUGAAAAUCUCUUAUAUUAUUACCCUUGUGCAGAGUUAAAAAUUUCAAUCACAGAUUUUGGUUUGGCACACUCUGGGAACAAAAGUGGUGACUGGACAGUGAGGAUGCUCUGUGGGACCCCAGAGUACAUAGUCCCAGAGGUUUUACUAAGGAAAACUACCAGUGCAGUUGGCAUAUGGGCUGUCAUCACAUUUAUUUUACUUAUCGGAUUCUUACCUUUUGAUGGUGAAAGCCGUAAGAGGCUUUAUAGGAAUAUUCUAAAAGGCAAAUAUAAUUAUACAAGAGAGCCUUGGCCAAAUAUUUCCCACUUGGCAAAGGUUAAACUACUGAUUUUGGAGCCUAAUCUUAGAGUGUCAGCUGGGGCACUGGACCAUCUCUGGGUCAUCACCAUGACUGCAGGGUCUUCCAUGAAGAAUCUUCAGAGGGUCAUUUCCCAGAAGCUCAUGCAAAGGGCAUCUCCCCAACCACAGAGUCCCAGAUAUGCACAAUCUUCUAAGUCGUAUCCUUAUCACGAGUAAAGGCAUAUGUGGAGCAAGAGAAACUGAAGGGUAGAAGAAUCACUACUAUCUGCACUUUAG